AUUCGUGCUACGAUUUCUAACUUAUUUGUCACGGCUGGCAGAUUUAGGCAAGCUGUCUCCCCUCGCGACAGUAAGUGGACUGUGCCAGGUAUACAAGCCCAUAAACCAUUCUUCCGGCUCGGACUGUCUGGAUGGUGCAGUGAGUGGAGGGGAGCAGGGAAAACUUCUUAGUCCCGUUUUAUUUUACUUCUGUGCAAAUAAGUUGACUUGAAUAGGUGGAUGUACCGUUUACCUACAGGGACUUAUACACUGGAUAAUAUCAAGCACAGUAGAACGCCAGACAGCCAUUGGCGGAGUGACGAGGUGACAGCAGACGACACCAAUGAGACAAGCGGUGUGAGGACCUAACCUCGAAAUGACGUCAACCGGAAGUGUUCGGUCCAUCACUAUGCUCGUGUUGGUUGUGCUGUGCUGGGUGUCACACGUCACGGGUGACGGCAUGUGGGACCAGUGGAGUGACUUCUCCCCCUGCUCCAGGACUUGUGGGGGAGGCGUGCAGGCGCGCACCCGGGGCUGCAUACACAAGGGCUCCGGCAAGGGCAUGGGAUGUGUUGGUCCAGACCAUGAAUACUCGUCCUGUGACACAGAUCCUUGUCCCCGGGAUUCUGAAGACUUUCGUAGCAUGCAGUGUGCCCAGUUUAACCAUCUUCCGAUGAUCCUGAAUGGCCAGGCUAAGACAUAUGAUUGGGUGCCACACUUUGACGAGAAGAACCGAUGUGCUCUGAAGUGUCAUGCAUUGGGCACUGCGGUGGUGCGGGAACUGGAGGAGAUGGUGACGGACGGAACCCAGUGUGACAGCCCGGAACAUUUCGGCAUCUGCGUCGGGGGAGUUUGCCAGACUGUUGGGUGUGACCGUGUGAUUGGCUCGGUGAUGGAGGAGGACCGGUGCCGUGUGUGCGGAGGGGACGGCAGUGCGUGUCUCACAGAGAAAGGGGCCUUCACGCAGGAUAAUCUAAAUGUAGGCUACCACGAGGUUCUCACUAUACCAGAGGGUUCCACAAGCAUCACCAUCAGAGAGAUGAAGCCAAGUCACUCCUAUCUAGGUCUGAAGAAUGCGAGAGGAAUGUAUUACAUCAAUGGUGGCCGAGACCGGACGUCCCAGAAAGCUAUUGCAGGGACAAUCUUCCAGUACUACAGCGCUGAGAAUAAGGAUGACAAAGUCGAGUCUAUCCUUUCUAGAGGGCCUACAAAUGAAACUCUUAUUGUCAUGCUUGUAGCAAGAGAUGGAAACCCAGGCGUAAGGUUUGAAUACUCCAGUCCGCAGUCUCUGGUGGACAAGGCCAACCCAACAGACAGGUUCACGUGGGUGUACGGGCAAUGGACAGGGUGCUCCGCAGAGUGUGGCACAGGAUAUCAACUCCGAGCUGUGUCGUGCAUGGAUCGGCAGUCCGGGGGGACUGUCAACAUGAGGUCAUGUGAUCUACUGGAGCGACCUCGCGCUAACCAAACCUGCAACAUGGGGUCGUGUGCCGAAGACAGGACGAACGGAUACAGCUGGGUGUUGGGCCACUGGGACGAGUGCUCCGUCAGCUGUGGUGUGGGGGAGCAGACCCAGCUCGCCUACUGUCAGGAGAAGGGCACCAUGGGACAAACAAUCUUCGUGUCUGAUGACAUCUGUCUGAGAUACCUCGGGGAGAAGCCGGAGUACAAGCGUGUGUGUGAAGGAGAGAGUGGAUGUCCAAGAUGGGCCACUGGUGCAUGGAAUGAGUGUGGUGUGACCUGCGGCUAUGGAUACCAGACACGGCGUGUGUAUUGUCAGAGAGACUCCGAUGGGGAGGACCCAACCACAGUGCCAAACUGGGAGUGCAAACUCGCCGACAAGCCGAAGGACAGGAAACGGUGUUUGCUGAGUUCAUGUCACGGCGGCAGGGAUGGUACACUGAAGGAAUUGGAGGGGAGACCAAUCUCACCACUGCCAGUGCAGUGUUCAGCCACACGGUAUGGGUGCUGUCCUGAUGGUGUGACUGCUGCACAGGGGCCCAAGUACCGCAACUGUCCUGUUGCCAGGAAAACGGAUCGAUGUAAACUGGAACGAUCCCGAGGACCGUGUGCAAAUUACACAUUAAAGUGGUACUAUGAUGACCAGGCUAGCAUGUGUAAUAUGUUUUGGUACGGAGGAUGUGGAGGAAAUGAUAACCGAUUCGAAAAGGAGGAUGAAUGUGAAUCGACAUGUGUAACCAAUGAUGGCACAGGCGGCGCCCCGUGCAGCCCGGGCAGUUCCCGGUGUCGGAACAUCGAGAAGUGUAUCCCCGACACUCGGCUGUGUGAUGGCUUCAAUGACUGUGGGGACAAUUCUGAUGAAGAGCAGUGUCAGACAAUAGACGCCAACAAGCAGUGCGGGACAGGCCAAUCUAUGUGUAGUAGUAUCCGGAAAUGUGUGGCGGACUCUCAGCGGUGUGAUGGACACGAUGAUUGCGGAGACAACUCAGAUGAAGAUGGCUGUCAAAGCACAGGUGGGAGGGAUGAGUGUAGCCCUGGUGCCUCCAUGUGUCGGCGCAUCAGGAAGUGUGUGUCCGACUCACAGAGGUGUAACGGUCAUGACGACUGUGGGGAUAACUCCGAUGAGGAAGACUGUGUAGCCAAUGUACGUACCUGGUUGCCAGGUGGGUCUGUCAGUCAGUGUGGGACGGGAUCAUCCUCCUGUCGCCGGGUCAGGAAAUGUGUGGCAGAUUUACGUCGCUGUGAUGGAUACGAUGACUGUGGCGAUAAUUCUGAUGAAGAGAACUGUCAGACUUAUCAAGAAGAAACCGUCAGAAAUCCAUGUGGUCGUGGAAGAUCCAUGUGUCGUAGUGUCAGGAAAUGUGUGGCCGACUCACAGCGGUGUGACGGAUAUGACAAUUGCGGGGAUAACUCAGAUGAAGAGAAUUGUCAAACGAAAACUGAAGACCCCAACAGCAGCCCAUGUGGUCGUGGCCGAUCCAUGUGUCGUAGUGUCAGGAAAUGUGUGGCCGACUCACAGCGUUGUGACGGAAGAGACGACUGUGGUGACAACUCAGAUGAAGAGAAUUGUCAGACAGAAAUAGAAGACACCAACAAAAAUCCAUGUGGCCGUGGCCGAUCCAUGUGUCGUAGUGUCAGGAAAUGUGUGGCUGACUCACAGCGUUGUGACGGAAGAGACGACUGUGGUGACAACUCAGAUGAAGAGAAUUGUCAGACAGAAAUAGAAGACACCAACAAAAAUCCUUGUGGCCGUGGCCGAUCCAUGUGUCGUAGUGUCAGGAAAUGUGUGGCCGACUCACAGCGUUGUGACGGAAGAGACGACUGUGGUGACAACUCAGAUGAAGAGAAUUGUCAGACAGAAAUAGAAGAUGCCAACAAAAACCCAUGCGGUGGUGGCCGAUCCAUGUGUCGUAGUGUCAGGAAAUGUGUGGCCGACUCACAGCGUUGUGACGGAAGAGACGACUGUGGUGACAACUCAGAUGAAGAGAAUUGUCAGACAGAAAUAGAAGACACCAACAAAAACCCAUGUGGCCGCGGCCGAUCCAUGUGUCGUAGUGUCAGGAAAUGUGUGGCUGACUCACAGCGUUGUGACGGAAGAGACGACUGUGGUGACAACUCAGAUGAAGAGAACUGUCAGACAGAAAUAGAAGACGCCAACAAAAACCCAUGUGGCCGUGGCCGAUCCAUGUGUCGUAGUGUCAGGAAAUGUGUGGCCGACUCACAGCGUUGUGACGGAAGAGACGACUGUGGUGACAACUCAGAUGAAGAGAAUUGUCAGACAGAAAUAGAAGAUGCAAACAAAAACCCAUGCGGUGGUGGCCGAUCCAUGUGUCGUAGUGUCAGGAAAUGUGUGGCCGACUCACAGCGAUGUGACGGAAGAGACGACUGUGGUGACAACUCAGAUGAAGAGAAUUGUCAGACAGAAAUAGAAGACACCAACAAAAACCCAUGUGGCCGUGGCCGAUCCAUGUGUCGUAGUGUCAGGAAAUGUGUGGCCGACUCCCAGCGAUGUGACGGAAGAGACGACUGUGGUGACAACUCAGAUGAAGAGAAUUGUCAGACAGAAAUAGAAGAUGCCAACAAAAACCCAUGCGGUGGUGGCCGAUCCAUGUGUCGUAGUGUCAGGAAAUGUGUGGCUGACUCACAGCGAUGUGACGGAAGAGACGAUUGUGGUGACAACUCAGAUGAAGAGAAUUGUCAGACAGAAAUAGAAGACACCAACAAAAACCAAUGUGGCCGUGGCCGAUCCAUGUGUCGUAGUGUCAGGAAAUGUGUGGCCGACUCACAGCGUUGUGACGGAAGAGACGACUGUGGUGACAACUCAGAUGAAGAGAAUUGUCAGACAGAAAUAGAAGACACCAACAAAAACCCAUGUGGCCGUGGCCGAUCCAUGUGUCGUAGUGUCAGGAAAUGUGUGGCCGACUCACAGCGUUGUGACGGAAGAGACGACUGUGGUGACAACUCAGAUGAAGAGAAUUGUCAGACAGAAAUAGAAGACACCAACAAAAACCAAUGUGGCCGUGGCCGAUCCAUGUGUCGCAGUGUCAGGAAAUGUGUGGCCGACUCCCAGCGAUGUGACGGAAGAGACGACUGUGGUGACAACUCAGAUGAAGAGAAUUGUCAGACAGAAAUAGAAGGUUAAUAUAGAAGCAUCUGUAGUUGGUAGAAUUCAAU